UGAACGCCCGGUAUAAAUAUCAACUCUGCACAACCGAUUCGACAAGUAGUUCGACUGAUUUAGUUUGAUAAAGAACAAACAGACCUUAUAAAAAUUUAAACAAAUUAAAAAUGUUCAAAGUACUAGUAUGUUUUUCUAUCGUAGCUUACGUUUUAGCUACAGGAGACCAAGAUUAUUAUGCACCUCCAAAAUAUGAAUUUCAAUACGGCGUACAAGACAAACACACUGGGGAUAAUAAACAACAACAAGAACAACGUCAAGGAGAUAAAGUAACCGGUUCGUAUUCUUUCCUUGAAGCCGAUGGAACGCGCAGAAUUGUUCAUUACGAAGCUGAUGAUCAUAAUGGAUUUAAUGCACGCGUUGAAAGGGUUGGACACGCGCAACAUCCUCAACAUUACCGUACAAAUGAUGGACAAUACUUUGGGCAAGGUCACCAAUAAAACUAAAGCUAAAAAACAAAUUGAAAAAUGUUCUUCGUUUCGGUUGAUGAUUGUUUGAUUUUUCUUUGCGUUGCGAAUGUACAUAGUUAGUAGUUAGUAUAAUCAUCCGUUGUGCGAGAUCUAAUUGUUGUUGAUGGUCUGUUUAUGUUUCUUUUUUAUGGAAAAUAAAUUAUGUUUUUUAUUGUUCGAAACUACCAAUUUUAACUAAACUUAAAAAAAAAAUAUUAAAAAUCAUCCUGAAUUUAUUUAUUCAUUUCUUUAACCUUAUCAUUACUUUUAUAUAAGAACUUAUUUUGGUUUAAAUU